GUCCAGUGGAGGGCAGUGCGUUCAGUCUGCCACAUAUUUCACCAGAAGAAGAAGGCCGUAGGUCCCAGCUCAUUUUUGACCAUCAUCUGAUUUGAGUGUCAAAGGGUAGAAACCACACUGGAAGUAAUUUUUGGGCCACAAUGGUUGUGGCCAUGAGCUCUACGUGUCCAGGCCUGUACUGUGGCAGGAUGAUGGUCAAUGGAUCGGUGGAAGGGGAGUGUGGUGUUUGUCCUCGAGGAGAACGGGCCAACAUUCAGAAGGUGUGUCAAGCCUGCACCGAGUCCCCUGAGCUCUAUGACUGGCUCUAUCUGGGCUUCAUGGCCAUGCUCCCACUAGUGCUGCACUGGUUUUUUAUUGAGUGGUACUCUGGAAAGAAGAGUUCCAGUGCACUGCUGCAGCAUGUGACAGCCAUGUUGGAGUGCAGCCUGUCAGCUGUGGUCACUCUGCUGGUCACAGAGCCAGUUGGCAUGCUCAGUAUCUAUUCCUGUCGAGUCCAGAUGCUGUCAGACUGGUACACCAUGCUGUACAACCCCAGUCCAGACUAUGUGAACACACUACACUGCACACAAGAAGCUGUCUACCCACUCUACACUAUUGUGUUAAUCUACUAUGCGUUCUGCUUGGUGCUGAUGAUGCUGCUGCGCCCUCUACUGGUGAAGAAGAUGGCAUGUGGUCUGGGCAAGUCUGACCGCUUUAAGAGCAUCUAUGCUGCUUUGUACUUCUUCCCCAUCCUCACCGUGCUGCAGGCUGUAGGAGGAGGGCUGCUGUACUAUGCGUUUCCCUACAUCAUACUGGUCCUGUCUCUGGUCACACUGGCCGUUUACAUGUCUGCCUCUGAGAUCCAGUCUUUUAAGAAUCUGGCUGCCAAGAAGAAGCGCCUUGUUGUGCUGUUUAGCCACUGGCUGCUGCACGCAUACGGCAUCAUCUCCAUCUCCAGACUGGACAAGCUGGAACAGGACAUACCACUGUUGGCUCUUGUGCCAGGGCCUGCCUUGUUUUAUAUCGCUACAGCCAAGUUCACUGAGCCCAGUCGCAUCCUGUCUGAGGGCGGCAAUGGACACUGAGCCGAGUUCAGUAUUAAACCAUCAGAGGUAGAUGGACUGUAAAUUCAUGUAAUUAUUUCUUGUAUAGUGUCUAAAUAUUAUAACAAAACAGAGUUGGCUUCAGCUUCAAUGGCCAAGUACAUACACAGCAUAGAAGGUAUUUGGUUUUGUCCAAUGGCAAGUUACCAGUGCCCAAAGUAUUGUCUUUAAAUGCCUCAGUUAAAAAAAACAAUCCUCUCAAUUUGUUCUACUGUGAUACAGAACAGAAAAGCUACAGAGCUGAAACCAAACAAUGUUUACUAUUUUAAUCCUUUAAGUAAGCUAAACAACUAAUCAAGUUUGUCCUGCUUUUUUUCCAAAUCUUAUUUUUGGAGAAUCAGUUCCCAGCCUCAUUCUGCCCAUCAUCUGACGUCAUCCCAAAGUGUGGUCAUAUUUUUUUAAGUUUUGUAAAUUGUGUAAAUACAGGAAUUGAUGCACAUGUACAGACUGCUCAGCAACAACAUUAAAAUCACUUUCCUAAUACUGUGUAAGAACCACAGCGAGGGCUUGACUCCAAGGAUCUCUACAGGUGUCGUUUGGUGUCGGGAUCCAAGACAUGAGCAGGCCCACUGGAUUGCAGAUAUUUUCUGCCUGACACAGCUGUUAACACAAGAUUACAAAUAGAAAAUUCCUUUGUUGAAAUUGAUGUUUAAAGGAGAAUAUUCCUAAAGUUGUAUUGUAGUUUUCGCUUGAAGUGGUGAAUGACUUUAGGUGGCUGAAUACGUUAGGCAUCUCAUUUUAUUUAUAAUAAAAAGUAUUGACUGGA